UUUGAUUGAUCUUAACUUUAUAUUUAACUAACUCACAAAUGGAAGACAAUACAGAUGAUGAUUUUUUAGAUGAUGCUAUAAGUGAUGUAUCAACCGAUUCAAUUCAUGAAAGUCCUUCUAAAAAAAUUCAUUUUUCAAAACCUAAGACUAUUCGAGAUUUAGCUGUAAAAAUUAGACAAAUUGAAAGAAAAAUUAUGCUUGGUUUGCUUUUAGAAACUGAAGAAGAAAAGUUACGCAAAAGCAAGUAUUUUACAGUAAGAUUUGAAAAACUUUUGAGGCUCUCUUAUAGCUUGCAAAAAGCUAAUCUAUAUAAAAAAGUGACAGGUGUUUAUUUAAAUGAACGAAUGAUGAUAGAUUUACAAAAAAAAGCCGAUAGCAGUCCUAACAAUUUACGAAGAAAGCAUAUUACUAAAAUUCAAAGUCUUCGAAAUCGUGAAAAAUCUGUUCAAGAAAAAAUAUCCGUUGGUCUUGUCACACAAAAUGAAAUAAAUAGUGUUCUAAGAGACAUGUACUUUGUUGUUGUUUUUGGAGAUAAUCUUUUAUCAUUAGAUCAUAACGACAUUUAUAAGACUGGAGCAACAUAUGACAAUGACAAAGGAAUUUUAUUAUGUGAUUAUUGUCAAUCAACAGUAGAAAGGAACAGGUUUGGACAGCAUGAAGAACUUCUUAUUUGUAAAGAUUGUGGCAACAAAGCUCAUCCAUCUUGUCUGAGUUACUCUGCAGAAUUAGUUGAACAGAUUCGAUCAGAUGGAUCUUGGCAAUGUAUUGACUGUAAAGCAUGUAUAAUAUGUGAAGGAACUGGAGAUCCAGACACAUUGCUAUUUUGUGAUGCUUGUGAUAAAGGUUAUCAUAUGAAUUGUCAUGAACCAAAACUUACUCAGAUGCCUUCAGGUAAAUGGGCUUGUGCUAACUGUCAAGUAAAAGGUAAAAUGAAGCUUUCAAUGUCCUCUACCAAACCAGUGUAUAUCAUUGCAGAUGAUGAUGAACCUCCAAAGACUAAAGGAGUAAAAGUUGCACCAACUACUUUAAAUUUGGGUAAAGAGCAUUAUUCAGCACCACAUACAACAAUCACUAAUAUUGUUCAAGUGCAUCCACCAUUAUUCCAGAAUUCUCAAGCAGAAUCAGGUGUUGGGUAUUCAAAAACUGGGAUAACACAUAAGCAACCAGUUAUGCAAAGUACUCUUGGUAAAGGUGUUCACAACAAUCUCACACAUAUACUGAAUCCUAAAGUUCCAUUACCAGAUGUGCGGUCUUCAAUAAGAGAGGAUGUUUUAAAAGCACUUCCAUUAGAUGUUGCAGAUUGGACUAUUGAUGAUGUUGCAUACUAUUUUAAAUCUCAUGGUUAUAUGGAAGAAGGAGCUUUGUUACAAGAACAAGAAAUUGAUGGGCGUGCAUUGCUUUUGAUGUCUCGUAAUGAUUGCUUAACUGGUAUGCGUAUUAAACUUGGGCCGGCACUUAAAAUUUAUCAUAUGCACAUAUAUAAACUCCAGUCACGUACAGAUUUCCUGGGUUAGUUUUCAAAUUUCAAGAAGCUAUCAGAUUUCUUAUAUUCAAAUUUAUUCAUAUGCUGUAAAUAAUAUUUGCUUAUCUUCUGGUACCCACUUGAAAAAAAUUUUUUUGCAUACAAAUCUGAAAAUUGGAUGGUUUUACCAGGUUAAUGUAAUAUUUAGAGCAGAUAUAGUAUUUUAUAAAUUGAUCUGUUAAAAGAUUUUUUUAAAUAUGUGUUUAAUAUUUUAAUUAUUAAAUAUGCAAUUUAAAUAUGUGGCUUGGUACAAGAAGUAAAGUUUGGUGUUUGUCAAAAUAGUCUUAUAAUUUUAUUUUGAAAAAAAGUUUUCUUUUAAAAAUUUGUACAUGGGUAGUAAAAUGCAUUAUGUAAACUAAACUGUUUAUUUAAAAUUAUUUUUGGAAUGUUAUAACAUAAAAAAAAAAAUUUCAAUAA